AUGGGGUGGCCCGCUUUGCUGCUGCUCUUGCUGUGCGCGGUGGGCGUGCGGGGGCUCUACUUCCACAUCGGCGAGACCGAGAAGCGCUGCUUCAUCGAGGAAAUCCCCGACGAGACCAUGGUCAUCGGGAACUACCGCACCCAGAUGUGGGAUAAGCAGAAGGAGGUCUUCCUGCCCUCGACACCGGGUCUGGGCAUGCACGUGGAGGUGAAGGACCCCGAAGGCAAGGUGGUGCUCUCGCGGCAGUAUGGCUCGGAGGGACGCUUCACCUUCACCUCCCACACCCCCGGGGACCAUCAGAUCUGCCUGCACUCCAACUCCACCAGGAUGGUGCUUUUCGCUGGCGGCAGACUGCGCGUGCACCUAGACAUCCAGGUUGGAGAGCAUGCCAACAACUACCCUGAGAUUGCUGCCAAGGACAAACUGACAGAGCUGCAGCUCCGAGCCCGCCAGCUGCUCGAUCAGGUGGAGCAGAUCCAGAAGGAGCAGGACUACCAAAGGUAUCGUGAAGAGCGCUUCCGUCUGACCAGUGAGAGCACCAACCAGAGGGUCCUGUGGUGGUCCAUCACUCAGACCGUCAUCCUCAUCCUCACUGGCAUCUGGCAGAUGCGGCAUCUCAAGAGCUUCUUUGAGGCCAAGAAGCUGGUGUAA